CUCCCCUCCACGGGAAAUAUCAUUUCACCAUGAAUAUUUCGCUUAGGGGGCUUGAAAGCUCUAGACGUGGAGAAUGUAGGCUAUGAAGCCCCGCGUAGCAUAUUGAGAGGGGUGAUCAAGAGGUAUGAAAUAGAUAGGUAACUAAAUAUAUAUAAAGGGAAUAAACCCGCCCCUUUCAUAUAUCAGUUCGUCAAACAAGAUAAUUUACUAUAUUUCAAUAUCUAAGAAGAUUCAUCUUUUUAUCUUUCGCUGUUCAGCCUAAGUCAAGACUCUGAUAUCAAUAAUUCAGCUUAAUCAUGUUUCAAUUCCCGGUUCCGGCAUCUCUCCAGAAGAGCAUCGACAACACCAAGGUCGACUAUGCUAGGGUAGGCUCUUCAGGGCUUCAUGUAUCCUCGCCUAUCCUGGGUGCUAUGUCUCUGGGCUCCUCUAAGUGGCUACCGUGGGUGCUAGAUGAAGAGAAGUCCCUCGAAAUUCUCAAGGCCGCCUACGAUAGGGGCAUUAACACGUGGGACACAGCAAACGCCUACUCCAACGGUAUCAGCGAAGAGAUCAUCGGAAAAGCGCUGCGGAAAUUCUCCAUCCCGCGAGAGAAGGUUAUUAUCUUGACAAAGUGUUUCCUACAUGUUGGGGAAGAUUCGAGCGUAUUCACCGCUCCGUUUGGAGGAGUACUUAGCCGGAGUAAGGAUUAUGUUAACCAAGGAGGUCUUUCUCGUGCUGCCAUCUUUAACGCCGUUGAAGCGUCACUGAGGCGUCUGGGCACGAGUUACAUCGACCUAUUCCAAAUCCACCGAUUCGACCCAACCACGCCUAUCGAGGAGACUAUGAAAGCGCUACACGACUUGGUACAGACCGGUAAGGUGCGCUACAUCGGUGCGAGCUCGAUGUGGGCGACGCAGUUCGCGCGCAUGCAAGAGGUUGCCGAGCGUAACGGCUGGACUAAGUUCGUCAGUAUGCAAAAUUUGUACAACUUGUGCUACCGCGAAGAAGAACGUGAGAUGAUUCGUUAUUGCAACGACACGGGCGUUGGUAUCCUGCCGUACUCUCCCAACUUCGGCGGCAAGUUGGCCCGUCCCUUGGGACAGGAGGAUUCGACUCGCUCCAAGACACCCGGUCCCAUCAGCUUAGAUCUCCGACCUGACGAGGAGGAAACUAUUCGCCGUGUGGAGAAGCUUGCCAUCGAGAAGGGUUGGAAGAUGAGCAACGUCAAUCUGGCGUGGCAUCAUACGAAAGGCACCAUACCGAUCGUCGGGUUUAACUCGGUUGCUAGAAUCGACGAGGCGUGCGAUGCGCGAGGAAAGAUGUUGACGGCCGAAGAGGUCAAAUUCCUCGAGGAGCCCUAUGUUCCUAAGCCUGUAUUUGGACUUUUCGACUAAGUCGUUAUUCACUAUUUCAGAGUAACUAUUGUU